AUGGUAAGCAAUCGGCGUCGCCCAUGGACACCUAUGGAACACCAGAGGCAUCACAAGUGCGUCACCGGCAUUUUGGGGAUUAGGAAUUUGAGGAUUGUUGGGGAUUCAGGGAUUAGGGACAUUGGGGAAGGGGAGGAUAAUCAGGCCUCCGGUAACCUCACUCACACGACGAAACACAACGCAAGCGGUGAACGUCGGUUUCCUGUGAGGUCGUGGUAUUACUCUGGUCCAACCGGCCCAUUCGUGCCGAAGCAUGGCUGAAUGGCUCUCCCACACUGUCCCACACCGUUGAAUUGAAUAAGACCUGUAAAGACUCCUGCAU